AUGUAUGUGAAAUGGUUUGAUACAGGAAUGUUAUACUAUGUGAUUUUAGUGUAUUUAGUGAAUGUCACUUUUUGUCAUUUUCAAAUUUCCCGCCAGUUCCGUCCCUGUAUGUCCCGACGCUUGCAGGGGACGGAACCCAGAUGACAGAUGCCGGCAUCCGCCGGGGGACAUUGCUGGGGACAAUGCAGGGGGGACAUCGCGGGAGCGCAGGGCAAGGUAAGUGAAGUACAGAUCCUGGAGCAAUGCUGCAGUGUAUUCACCGAGUGUAGCUCGGGUUACCGCUUGUGCUACACUCGGGAAUACCGCCAGUGGGGGUUA